GCUUCAUUAUCUGAUCUGUUGUAGCCUGUGAAGGAACCUGCUAUUUUACCACUGGAUAAGGACAUUGGAGAAUGAAACUCAUACAUGAAACUGAGGAUGGAGCAAACGACAGAAAGUUCAUAAAAUCUCAAGUGGAGAAACGUCGAAGGGAGAGGAUGAACCGCAGUCUGGAGCGUCUGAGGACCAUGUUGCUUCAGCAGCCACAACAACUGACUCCAUUAACUCAUACUGGUUUUUCCAUGCAGGGUGCGACUCAGCGCAGAAUGGAGAAAACUGAGAUACUGGAGCACACAGUCCUCUUCCUACAGAACACCGUCAAAACAGACGACACGAGAGCUGGAGGUGGAGGUCAGAAACACUCCUUCCAAGACGGCUUCUCCACCUGCCUGCAGAAAGCCGCUCAGUUCCUGGGACCUGAGGGGAAAGGCCUGUGGCUUGGAGCAGCUCUGGAUGCAUCUUUCGCUGCUCGCUUUACCCACUCAGACUCUGAUUCUGCAGGCGCCAGAAGCACGACUGAAGCCCAAUCCUCCAGCUCUCUGCCACACACAAAGUCCAUUCUUCGGAUGCUGAGGCAAAAGUCCACGCACAGAUUGCAUACACGAGCCUCUGGUGUGAACAGUUUUGCUCAUCCAUACCAACUUCCAGUCCAGCAGGGGUUUCCCAGAGUUCCCCAACAGCCUCAGAGACACAGCGACACGAGCAAGCAGAGCUCGUCUCAGAGUCUCCCGUCAGUGGGACAGCCGUCUACUCUGCUGACAGGCACAGGGACUCUCCCAGACUGGGACAGACGUGAGGUGAGCUGGAUCAUCCAGCUGUCAUCCAGCUGGGACUACUGCUGUGCUUUAAGAGCGAGUUUAGAGGUGUGGGACUUCAGGGUUCGAGGAUGGGAGAGCCCCAUGCAGCCCCACACAUCCACCCGUGUGCCAUCAUGUCCGGCGGCAUGA